AUGGUUAAAUUUCUACUCAAAGUAUUUGGUGAAUUAACAAAUGUCACUGAUUUGGAACCACUUGAUACGCCUGAGUCACCAUAUGAAUACACGUUUCAAAUUGAAUGUACCAAAUGCAGAACUGUACACGAUAAAGAGAUCCAAAUAAAUCGUUUUGAGCACCAUGACAUAAGUGGGUCAAGAGGUGAAGCCAGUUUUGUAUUCAGAUGCAAAGAAUGCAAAAAUGAACAUUCAGCUAGUAUAGUCAGAACCAAUGAGAAAUUGGAGAUUGGUGCUGGGAAACCAGUCAGUAUACUAGAAAUUGAUGCAAGAGGUCUUGAUUUUAUCAAGUUUAUACCCGAUGGAAAAUUUCAAGCUGUAGGCGAGGAAACAGGUACUAAAUUCAAUGAAGUCGAUUUGGAGGAUGGCGAGUGGUACGAUGUUGAUGAAAAGACCAAUGAGGAAGUGUCGAUAAUUGAUGUUGGAUGGACUAUUUCACGCUCGUAG